AUGUCGUUCGAUGCGGAAAAGGUGCAGCGUGUUCUCAAGACGGUGCCGUCCCUUUAUCGAGGACCCGGUGGUGCUGUCGCUGUCCUCAAAGAUGGCAACCUCGUCGGCCAACAUGUCUGGGGUUACGCUGACAUGGACAGACGGAUCCCCAUCACGUCUCAGGUCCUCUUCCCAAUCUGUUCGAUCACGAAACAAUUCGUUUCCAUGUUGCUGCUUGACCUCGCGGAGAACCAGCCGCCGUCGAUGGCUGGUCAGGAUUUCCAAGAGCAGUUGCUAGCCAGACUCCGUGAAGUCGUGCCCCCAGAAUUUGUCGAUGAAGGUGGGUUGACGGUGGAGAACCUAGUCGACAUGUGCUCCGGACUGCGUGACUACUGGGCGCUCUGUACACUCCAAGGCAGUCGACCGGAUACGCCCUACUUGCUCAACGAGCAUAACCCGGAUAUGCUGCGCCGCAUCAGGUCUGUGCACUUCCGGCCUGGCUAUGAAUACUCAUACUCCAACACAAACUUCAACGUGAUGGAGCGACUCAUCGAGCACGUCACGAAAGAUUCUCUGGCCAACCUGUUUGCUGAAAGGAUCUUCGGUCCGGCCAAGAUGAAAACAGCGCGGUUGUGUCCUCGCACCGACAGGUUGCCUGCUCCCAUUGUUGGGUAUGAGGGGUCAGAGAAGUUCGGGUUUUUUCCGGCACCGAACUUCAUCGAAUGGUCUGCAGACGCUGGCUUGGUGGCUUCCCUCGACGAUAUGAUCGCAUACGAAAAAUUCUUCGACCGCAGGUACACCGACCGGCAGGACAGCUACCGAGACGCAAUUACUCCGCGACACUACAGGGAUGGCGCCAAGGCAAAAUACCGCUACGGACUGCGACAUGCUGGUCUUGGAAAAUACAACACGAUGGGCCAUGGUGGAGCUCUUCGCGGCUACAAACUCAUGCGCCGUUAUGUGGCCGACGAACGCCUAUCUGUUGUUGUCUUGUUCAAUCAUUCAGCCGAUGCGCCAGAAGCCGCCGGAUACAUUCUGAAGCAGAUUCUGGACGUAUCCGACCCACCGCCAUUGGCAGUUCAACCAGUUCAACAAUGGUUCGGAUCGUUCCUUGACCUUGAGACUCAGCUGUCGAUUCGAGUCCUGCCAGGAGACGCGGGCAAGAUCAAGAUCAAGUACGUAAGAGCAGAGGAGACACUUAGGCUCGUUGAUGACAACAAGGCUGAAUCUCCUGACGUCGAGGCUUCGAUCGACGGUGACAUUCUGCACAUUCGCCGCUUAGACGACAACCGCGUGCUGACUGCGCAACGCCUAAACCAUAACGCAGGCGUACUUGACAGAUCACCAGUGCAGGGCACUUACCAAUGCAGCGAGACAGAGUCUACUUUCAUCUGCGAGGGGGAGGGCGACAUGUUGUACGGGUUGUUUGAUGGAUGCUUCGGCCGGGGCCCGCCACACCUAAUGACCCAUCUUGGCGAAGAUGUGUGGCUGUUGGCUGACCCACGCGCCAUGGACGAUCAACCUCCCGGCGAUUGGACCAUCGUGUUUGUUCGAAAUGGGCAAGGAGCCGUAGUCAAUGCCAACAUCGGCUGCUGGUUGGCUCGGAAGCUUGACUUCAUGAAAGUGUAA